CACAGAUCAGUUACUAUAUGCACCAUGUCCUGGGCUGUUCUCUUCAUUCUUACAUUGCAUUACUCAUGUUCUGCGGCUCAGUUUGUGGUGACUCAGGAAGCUGCAAUAUCUGGGUCUAUUGGUAAUGAUGGCCGUCUGACCUGUGGUCGCAGUGGAGGCUCAGUGACUGGGGGUAACUACCCAUCAUGGUACUAUCAGACACCCGGGGGUGUCCCUAAACUUGUAGUUGGUAGUUCUAGCAGCAACAACCAAAACUAUAGACCCUCAUGGACUUCAGAUCGGUUCACUGGAUCGAUAUCAGGGGGUUUGGCUGUCCUGUCCAUUAACAGAUUGCAGGCUGAUGAUGAUGGAGACUAUCACUGUGCUCUCUAUGCUGGUAGUGGUAUGUAUAUCUUCGGUGCUGGAACCCAGCUGACUGUCUCUGGAGGUGAGGUGAAAGCACCCUUGGUAUCAAUCUUCCCUCCCUCUGACGAGGAAAUAGCCACCAACAAGGCCACUACUGUCUGCACCAUGACUGGUUUCACCCCUAGGACAGUGUCUGUGAAGUGGUUGCUAGAUGGCAUUGAGAAGGACGGAGACACCUCAUUGGUCAGCAAGCAGAAUGAUAACACGUAUAUGGGAAGCAGUUACUUCAGCAUGCCGUCUUCAGAUUGGCAAAAACUGCAAAAUAUUGCAUGUAAAGUGACACAUCAGGGAAAGGACAUCAUCCAAACCCUGAAGAGAUCUGAGUGUAGUAAUUCCUGAAUGUAAUAUUCCUCUUAUUUUUACCCAUUGUUACAGGGACGAGAAUACAUUCACUUUAUUAAUGUCAUGUUAUGGAGUUAGUGCUUGUUCUACAUCCGGUUCCUGUAUUCAUGUUUCUAUACUCAUCUUUCUUGUCCUUUGUUCAUGGCUUUUCUCUCUUACCUCCCCCAUAAUGUGUUAUUGACACUUCAAAAUAAUGUUUCCUUCUUUCUAUUUUUUUCUCCCCCAUUUAACACUUCUCUUCUAUAUUUGCCUUUCUUUGAGUUGUGCAGGAGCUGCAUAAUGAUUUUUUCCUGAUAUUACUUUGUCUGUAUAGAUCAUCCUAUUAAAUGCAAUAAACAAAUUGUAUCAUUA